AUGGCUCUCGAACCACAAGUUGGCCCCGUCGCCCUCCUGCUCACUGUCCUCGUCGCCGCGCCGCUCGCCUACUUCCUCCUCCUCCUCGUCGCUGGCGGCAAAAAGAAGUCCGCUGGUGCUGCUGCUCCCACGUCACGCCACGACGGCCGGAGGCUGCCGCUGCCGCCGUCGCCGCGGGGACUCCCGCUGCUGGGCCACCUGCACCUGCUGGGCGCGCUGCCGCACCGCGCGCUGGCGUCCCUGGCGCGCGCGCACGGCCCGGUGCUGCUGCUCCGCCUGGGCCGCGUGCCCACCGUGGUCGUGUCCUCCGCGGCCGCCGCCGAGGAGGUGAUGCGGGCGCGUGACCUGGCGUUCGCGAGCCGGCCCCGGAGCGCCAUGGCCGAGCGCCUCCUCUACGGCCGCGACGUCGCGUUCGCGCCCUACGGCGAGUACUGGCGCCAGGCGCGCCGCGUCUGCGUCGUCCACCUCCUCAGCGCGCGCCGCGUCGGGUCCUUCUCCUUCUGCCGCGUCCGGGAGCAGGAGGCCACCGUGCUGGCCGCCCGCGUCGCCGCCCGGGCCAGCGCCGGCGCCGGAGGCGCGGCCGUCGACCUCAGCGAGCUCCUCACUGAGUACGCCAACGCCGUCGUGUCGCGCGCCGCGUUCGGCGAAGAGAGCGCGCGCGGGCUGUUCGACGAGUUUGACUCCGGCCGUCGGCAGAGGAAGGUGAUCACCGACUUUCAGAAGCUCAUCGGGACGGUGCCGGUCGGGGAGCUGCUGCCGUGGCUGGGCUGGGUGGACGCCAUCACCGGGCUGGAGCGGAAGAUCAGGCGGACGUUCGAGGCGCUCGACGGGCUGCUUGAGAAGGUGAUUGAUGACCACCGCCGGCGUCCUCGCGGAGGCGGUGGUGACGGCGAUGGCCGGGACUUCGUGGACGUGUUGCUGGACGUCCACAAGAACGACAAAGAGCACGGCAUCCAACUGGAGACCAACGACAUCAAGGCCAUCAUCUUGGACAUGUUCGCGGCAGGCACGGACACGACAGCCACGGCGAUGGAAUGGGCCAUGGCGGAGCUCGUCACCCACCCGCGCGCCAUGCGGAGAGCGCAGGACGAGGUCCGCGCGGCGGCGGCCGGCUCAACCGGAGUCAACGAGGACCACGUCGCGCAGCUGGACUACCUCAAGGCCGUGGUGAAGGAGACGCUCCGGCUGCACGCGCCGGUGCCGCUGCUGGUGCCCCGGGAGCCGCCGGCGGACGCCGAGAUCCUGGGGUACCACGUCCCGGCGCGCACGCGCGUGCUGGUCAACGCCUGGGCCAUCGGCCGGGACCCCGCGACGUGGGAGCGCGCCGAGGAGUUCGUGCCGGAGAGAUUCUUGGGCGGCGCCGCCGCCGCGUCCGUCGACUUCAGGGGGCAGCACUUCGAGCUGCUGCCGUUCGGCGCCGGCAGGAGGAUGUGCCCCGGGAUCGGGUUCGCGGAGGCAAGCGCCGAGAUGGCGCUGGCGAGCUUGCUGUAUCAUUUUGACUGGGAGGCGGCCUGCGGCGGCGGGCAGGGGAGACGGAACCGGGAAGGGACGCCGACGCCGUCGUUGGACAUGACCGAGGUGAACGGGAUAGCCGUGCAUAUCAAGUCCGGUCUGCCGCUUCUAGCUAAGCCGUGGGUCCCUUAA